AUGCGUGUUCGUUAUAAAAAGUUACGGUGGUACAAAUUCUAUGACGACAAGUGGGUACAACGUCGAGGUGGUGGCUGGGAUGAAAAGAUAACGCCUGAGAAUUUAUCUUUUAUACAAGAAGUUGUACAUGAAACAUAUGCUCAAAAAGAAAGUCCAUUAAAAGAUGGACCUUGGGAACGUGGAGAAUAUACAACAAAUCCUGAGACGAUACGAACUGGUGUACUGGGCAUUAAACUAGGUACAUUACCACAAUGGAACAAAAAAGGGGAGCGUUUUCAUGUUACACUUGUUCAGAUAAUUGACAAUCAUGUAGUUAAUUAUACACCUCCAGAAAUGAUUAAUUUUCGUUCAUUAUUUACAACACGUCCAUUACGAAAAGAAUUACAGGGUAAAGUUGGCAUGCUUGUUGUUGGUGCUUUGUCGUCUGAUCCAAGGAAAUUCACGCGUUCAUACAACGGCUUAUUUGAAAAAGCUGGUGUACCACCAAAACGAAAGUUGACACGUUUUUUCAUAACACCAAACAGUGUCAUAAAACCUGGCACACCGUUAUAUGCAUCACAUUAUCGUUGUGGUGAUUUCAUUGAUGUACAAGCUCGUAGUAUCGAUUAUGGCUUUCAAGGUGUGAUGAAACGUUAUGGUUUUCGUGGCGGUCCAAAAUCACAUGGCGCAACAAAAUUUCACCGUAAACGAGGUAGUGUAGGUAGCGGACGAAAACAUCGAAUUCUACCGGGAACGAAAAUGCCCGGUUAUAUGGGUAAUAAACUUGUGAUGAUGAAAGGUAUCAAAAUAUGGCGUAUUAAUACAAAAUUAAAUGUUUUAUAUCUGAUGGGUCCUGCCAUACCUGGACCCAAUCAUGGUUAUUUACGUAUUCAAGAUUCAACAUUAUAUCAGCAUCGUGCGAGUUUGACAAAAGACAAUCAUCCGCCAUUUCCGACAUAUUAUCCGACUGAAAAUGAAAAACUAGACGAAGAAUUAUUUGCGGAGGAUUUAUAUCGUUUUGAUCAACAAACAAUAACAUUUGAUGAUGUGACAAUAACACCAUUAACAAAAAAAGUUGGCAUUGUCGGAAAAUAUGGUACACGUUAUGGAGCAUCAUUAAGAAAAAUGGUUAAAAAAAUGGAAGUUACACAACAUUCCAAAUAUACGUGUUCGUUUUGUGGUAAAGAUAACAUGAAACGAAAAUGCGUGGGGAUAUGGAAAUGUCGAAGUUGUCUAAAAACGGUUGCUGGUGGUGCAUAUGUUUAUUCAACAUCAACAGCUGCUGCUGUACGCUCUGCUGUUCGACGUUUAAGAGAAAUGCGUGAACAAUAA